ACAGCUCCUGGGGCCGGUAGGGGUCCGACGGGGGUCCGCGCAGCGGACGAGCGUGGGCGCACGCCUCCCCGGACCCACCCAGGCGCCUGGAACCUCCCGGACAUUCCCACAAGUGGUCAAACCAGCUGGACAAGCCGAACUCGCCAAGACUCCCGGCGGCAGUAGGUGGCCCCGGACUUCCCGCUGCUGCCGCAGUCCGGGCGUGCAGCGCGCCCCGUCGCGCCCCGGAGCUCUCGCGGUCGCCCCCGUCGGGCGGGAUGGAGGCGGACGGGGACCGGGAGGAGCUGGCCCGGCUACGCUCAGUCUUCGCUGCCUGCGACGCGAACCGUUCGGGGCGCCUGGAGCGCGAGGAGUUCCGCGCGCUGUGCUCGGAGCUGCGCGUGCGGCCGGCCGACGCGGAGGCCGUGUUCCAGCGGCUGGACGCCGACCGCGACGGUGCCAUCACCUUCCAGGAGUUCGCGCGCGGUUUCCGCGGGGCCCGCCGCGGGGGGCGCCGCCGGGGCUGCGGGACCCGGGAGCCAGCGCCCGCCGAGGCCCAGACCGGGUCCGACCCAGGGGACAGUGAGGAGGACGAGGGAGACGAGGACGUGGCGGCGGCGCUGGUAGCUCCCUGGGGCCCAGCGGGCCAGGCUUGGCAGGACUUCCAGGCGCGACUCGGGGACGAGGCCAAGUUCAUCCCCAGGAAAGAGCAAGUUAGUACCUUGUAUCAAAAUAUCAACCUUGUGGAACCAAGACUGAUUCAGCCAUAUGAACAUGUUAUAAAGAACUUCAUCCGUGAGAUCAAACUUCAAAGCACAGAAAUGGAAAACCUGGCCAUUGCAGUGAAGAGAGCCCAGGACAAGGCAGCCAUGCAGCUGAGUGAGUUGGAAGAGGAAAUGGAUCAGAGGAUUCAGGCUGCAGAACACAAGACGCGGAAAGAUGAAAAACGAAAAGCUGAGGAAGCUCUCAGUGACCUCAGACGUCAAUAUGAAACAGAAGUAGGAGAUCUACAUGUGACGAUAAAGAAACUCAAAAAGCUAGAAGAACAAUCAAAACACGUAAGUCAAAAAGAAGAUGUGGCUGCAUUAAAAAAACAAAUCUACGAUUUAUCAAUGGAAAAUCAGAAAGUUAAGAAAGAUCUUUUAGAAGCACAGACAAGCAUAGCCUUUCUUCAGAGUGAAUUAGAUGCUUUGAAAAGUGAUUAUGCUGAUCAGAGUCUGAAUUGUGAAAGGGAUCUGGAAAUAAUCCGAGAGUACACGGAAGAUCGAAAUAGUCUUGAGAGACAAAUUGAAAUACUCCAAACAGCUAACAGGAAACUGCAUGACAGUAAUGACGGCCUAAGGAGUGCCCUCGAAAACACUUACAGCAAGUUCAACAAAUCCUUGCGUGUAAAUAAUAUAUCACCAGGGAAUACAAUUUCUAGGAGCAGUCCCAAAUUUAAUGGUCAUUCUCCUCAACCUCUGGGCUAUGACAGGUCAUCCCGCUCUUCCUAUGUGGAUGAGGAUUGCGACUCAUUGGCCCUCUGUGAUCCUAUGCAGAGGACGAAUUGUGAAGUUGACAGCCUGCCCGAGAGCUGCUUUGACAGUGGCUUAUCCACCCUGAGAGAUUCCAACGAAUACGACUCAGAGCUGGAAUACAAACACCAAAGGGCAUUUCAGAGGUCACAUGGCACUCAGGAGGGCUUUGCUGGUGAUGCUUCAGACACCGAUGUUCCUGAUAUAAGGGAUGAAGAGACGUAUAGCUCAGAAGGCAUGGCUUCCGUGUUAGACUGGAAACCCCAGGGAUCUGUUAGUGAAGGCAGCAUUGCUAGUUUUUCAAGAAAACCGAUCUUGGCACUUUCACCCCAGACAGACAUGGUGGAUGAUAACCGCAAAUCUUCCAGCUCACAGAAGACUUACAAGAUUGUGCUUGCUGGGGACGCCGCAGUGGGGAAGUCUAGUUUCCUUAUGAGACUUUGCAAGAAUGAAUUUCGAGGAAAUACAAGUGCCACCCUGGGAGUUGAUUUUCAAAUGAAAACUCUCAUUGUAGAUGGAGAGCGAACAGUACUGCAGCUUUGGGAUACAGCUGGUCAGGAGAGAUUCAGAAGUAUUGCCAAGUCUUACUUCAGAAGAGCAGAUGGUGUUUUGCUGCUGUAUGACGUUACAUGUGAAAAAAGCUUUCUUAAUGUACGAGAAUGGGUAGAUAUGAUUGAGGAUGCAACCCAUGAGAGUAUUCCUAUCAUGCUGGUAGGAAACAAGGCUGAUCUUCGUGAUACUGCUGCUACAGAGGGACAAAAAUGUGUCGCAGGAUACUUUGGAGAAAAACUGGCCAUGACCUAUGGGGCAUUAUUCUGUGAAACAAGCGCCAAAGAUGGUUCGAAUGUAGUGGAAGCUGUUCUCCAUCUUGCCCGGGAGGUGAAAAAAAGAACUGACGAGGAUGACAGCAGAUCCAUCACCGAUCUGAGUGGGAGCAGUUCCAAACAGUCAACCCACAUGAAGAAUUGUUGCAAGGGUUAAACCAGAAACAUCCUUGGCCUGUGAAGUCUUCACUUUCGGAGUACAGAAUGUGUGGGACAUGUUUGCCUCUUACACCGAGGGAUGUGACCUGUGGACACUGUGACAUGUGGGAAGUCUGAACUGUGUUCUUGGUCCUUCCAGAAACUCAGCUCUUAUUUUACUCCGAUUCCAUGAAUGAUUUGGGCCCUCUGGUUAAAUAUAAAAUAUACUUGUCAUGUCCUUACAGAGUCUUAAAAGAUAACUUGUAAAUGUUUUUUAAGUGCUGAAAAAAAAUCACAUGCUCUGAUCAAAGCUGUAGUAGAAACUCAUGGACAUAAUUAGAUUCAUGCAGUAGCUGACUUCAUAGAUAACCUAUGACAACAUUUCCUGCCCAUAUUUAAUACUAGAGUAGUAAUAAAAGGGGGUUAUCAUCCUAGUUUUGCUGUUAACUAGCUUUGUGGUCUCAGACAUGUGAACAGCCUACGUUCCAUCUGUUUCCUUAUCUGUAAAACAAGGCAGCUUGGCCUUGCUGGCACUGGCCCUCACAGUCUUUAGCACUUUUAAGCAGUAGGAAGGAGAGCAUGAUAGCCCACGGUUAAUAAGGACUCUGGUUAUUUGUAUUUUUAAAAUAUUGGAGCAUUGAUUUUUCUCACUUUUGAAACAAGAACAGAAUUUAAUUGAGGGGAAAAAGUGGUAAUUUUUAGGCUCCAGCAGAGACAAAAAAAUCUAUUUUUUUAUGUAUAAAGAAAAGAAUUUUUUGUGACAAAAAUAGUUGUAUACAAAAGAGGGUAUUUUAAAAUCUCAGAAUACUUACAAACUCCAUGGUUUAAAUUCAAUGUUAAAAAUUCUAAUGAAAACAUAUAAAGCCACAUACUACUAAAAGUACAAUGCCCAGGAACGUUGUCACUCGUUACUUAAAAAAAUACCAGUGAGUGGUUCCCAGGGGCUGGGGAAAGGGAGAAACUGAGAGUGACUGCUAAUGGGUAUGUAAUAUCUUUUGGUGAUGAUGAAAAUGUUCUGGAAUUAUAUUGUAAUGGUUG